AUGAAGUGGCUCUCUCUUACCACGCUGGCGCUCUUUGCGCCCAGCCAUGCUCUCAUCCGUUUCCCUUGCGCCCAGUUGGUUGUUGACCGUCUUGAUCCAUUAGUCAAUCCUGGCUUAAUCCCUUCGCCGCAUCUUCACCAGAUUGUAGGAGGCUUCAGCGAAGACUUUUCCAACUACUGGACUGCCGUAUUAUACUUCAAGGCCCGCAAUGGAACUUACAAGCGAGUUCCUCAAAUGGCCAACUCUGGUUUUGACGGUGUCAAUGCCGGCAUGACUGUUUACUACAUGCAAGACGGCCUUUACAACUUCCAGCAGACCUCUAAAGUUACAGCUUUCCAGCCUGGUUUCCGCAUGUACAUCGGCAACGUCAACGCUCGUUCCCGCGAAGACAUGGAGCGUUUCCGUCAGCUUACCUACACUUGUCUGCAGGACAUUAACACCCGCGAUCCCCAGAUCCUUGACUUCCCUAAGGAGCCUUGCCCAUACGGUAUAAUGACGGCGCUAAGAUUCCCCACAUGUUGGGAUGGGAAGAAUCUUGACUCUACCGAUCACAUGGGGCACAUGGCCUAUCCUGAGAGCGGUACCUUCGAGACAGGCGGUCCUUGCCCGGCAUCGCACCCCGUUCGGAUGAGCCAACUCUUUUACGAGGUUAACUGGGACACUCGGCAGUUCAACAACAAGAAAGACUGGCCUGAGGAUGGGUCCCAGCCUUUUGUCUAGUCCUUUGGUG